AUGGAGGAUAUAACUGAAAAUGAUGAAGUUUCAGUAGACAAUAUUGGUCUUCAUAAUGCAAUGGAAGAUUUAAGGAAUGAAGGAGAAAGGGAAGAAGAUGAAGUAGCUAAGGAGAAUGAAUACGUUGAGUGCGAGACAUCUGAAUUGAUACACAAAGAGGUGGUUAAUGAUGAAGAAGCUUACAAGUUAUACAAUGACCAUGCAUUUAAAUGCGGAUUUGGUAUCCGUAGGGGAAAAGUGUGUUGGAGAUAUGAUACGAAGACCAUCAGGCAACGUUUUUUGGUUUGUAGUCGUGCAGGAUUGAAAGACAUAAAUAGUGGUGUGCCUAAGGCAUAUACUAAGCUUGAUCAACGGUGUGGAUGUAAAGCGUACAUUCAAUUUGAUGUAUCCAAAGAGUCUGGACUUUUCAUUGUUACUAAGCACCAUAUGAUUCACAAUCACCCCAUGGUGCCAGUAAUACAAAGACAUUUAAUUAGAUCUCAUAGGAAAGUCACUGUUGAACAAUUGCACAUGAUUAAUAAUUUGAGAAGUUGUGGUGUUGGGGUUGCUGAAGCUGUGCGUGUAUUGAGGAAGGAAGCUGGGGGAUCUGCCAAUCUUGGGUUUGCGCACAGGGAUGCUUAUGAUGCAGUUGCUGCUCAAAGAAAGAAAGAACUUGAUGGUUGUGACAGUAACCAGUUAAUUAAGAACUUUUCACAAAGGCAAGCAGUGGAAUGUGAUUUUUACUAUGACGUUCGACUAGAUGCUAUUGGCCACUUAAUAAGUUUUUUUUGGAGAGAUGGAAGAAUGAAAAGGGAUUAUGAAGUGUUUGGAGAUUUGGUUGUUCAUGAUACGACGUACCGAACGAAUAAGUAUGGGAUGAUUUGCGGUCCGUUUGUUGGGAUGAACCAUCACCAAAGGAAUGUGAUGUUUGGAGUUGGUUUCCUACUAAAUGAAGACACCGAUUCGUUUGUGUGGUUGUUUGAGUCUUUUUUGAAAAGUAUGGGAGGUAGGUCGCCUAUAACCAUAAUGACUGACCAAGAUGCCGCCAUGGCGAAGGCUAUAAGCAUUGUCUUUCCCAAUGUUAUACAUCGUCUUUGUAUAUGGCACAUAGGGAAAAAUUCCAUCAACAAUAUAAAAGGCUUGAGGGGGAAGGCUGGAUUUGUGGAUCUAUUCAAUUAUGUUUUAAAACAUUGUGAGACCAAGAGUGAGUUCAAGCACUAUUGGACAAGUAUGACUACCAAGUACAAGUGUGCUGCAUGUCCUUGGUUGAUGAGGUUGUAUAAGUUAAGGAAGAUGUGGUGUCCUGUCUACUCCAAGGAUUACUUCUCGGGGGGGUGCUGUCAUCUCAAAGAAGUGAAACCACAAACCAUUCUUUGAAUCAAAGGCUCCAUAGAAUGCAAGGCCUUUGCGAUUUCUACAAGGUGUUUAUAGAUGUUGUUGAGGAGUGGAGGGAUAGGGAGAAUGGUGAAGAUUACAAUGCACUUAAUGGCAACAAACAUCUAGCAUUUGUAGAUGUUAAGUUACUCAAUGAGGCAAAAAAGAUAUACACUGUGGCUGUUUAUCUGACAUUCGAGGAAAAUUUCAUUAGAGGUGCGUCAUUUUGCCAGAAACUAGUC